AUCUCUGACUCUGCGAAUUAGUCGACCUUGGGCUUUAAAAUAGUCCAUCCAUCCUUCGAUUUUUUCAGUCUGGCUUCUGGUGUGGCGUGCACUACUACCUUCACUUGUUAUAAAUGCGACGCUAUGAAAGCCUCCUCGACUGACUGAGUAGAACCGCAAUGGCAGAUCAUUCCGGACCAUUUCGCCCCGAUGAGGCCUCCACUGACACACACCUAAUAGCUAGUCCAGUCUACCGUCUACCCCUCGAGUUACUUACCUUGAUCGCAGAACAUCUGGGGAACGAUCAUGUUAAUAUCUCAAACGAGGAGCAGCUCUAUCUCCAUCCAACCACAAUGGUCACCAGACCAAGUUGGACACGAAGGCGGACUGAAGCUGCUCAGAGAAAUCUACUAUCAUUCUGCCGAGUGUCUCAUCGGUUCCAAAGUGCUGGGGAGCCCAUCUUUUAUCGAGAGAUCGUCAUUAACAAUCACUCCCCCAGCUGGAUCGUCUCGGUCAUCUGCAGUCUCCUCGACAACCCCGAUAGGCAGCACUGGGUUCGCUCCUUAACUUUCAGUCGCUGUCCUAUUGACCAUACGCCGCUCUGUUUGGGAGCUCACGAAGAGCCCGACUCAAGGAAGACUACGUCUCAACUGCCGCUUUAUAUUCGGCAGCCCCUUGCCGAGAAGCUCGAGUAUCCGUUGAGGAUUCAACUUUUCCGAACCAUAGGAGAUCUGAACGUGCCCUUUCACGAUAGCUGGAUCGAUGCCCUGGAGCACGGCGAUGAAGAUGCAGAGAUGGCAGCGCUAUUGGCCAUCGUACCUAAUCUGCAAGAAUGGAACCUGAUGCCCCCCGAGGAAUACCUGCUCCGGACCAAACAUGUACUAUCUUUCUGCAUGCUCCUGGUGAAUACGGCUUACUGCCGAGGUACGAAGAUGACUAUGGGGCUCCCAUUAGUACUGAAGAACCUCAGAGAUGUAACAGUUCAGGAGGCCUGGCUUUCAGCAAUCUCGUUCAGCCGUCUCCUACGACUUCCCGCACUCCGUCGACUUACGUUCCGAUACUGUACGGCAUCCAAUGCCACUCAUAGCAACCCCAGCGAGGAAUUUUCUCAUUACGGACUGAAUAAACGAACUUUGAGCGAACCAUUUGCGUCGACCGUGGAAGAACUCGUCCUCUACAAUAUGAGGAUGAACAACGAGCUCCUGGAUAUACUCCCGCUAAUGAUCGUGGGAGCCUCGAACCUCAAGUCCUUCCGUAUCCAAAUGGAAUUGGCCGAACAGCCAGUGGAUCAAAUCCUGAAGAAGCUGAGUCGCAGCUCCACCCUCGAAGAACUCGAGUGGAGUUGCGUCCAUCCUGAGCGACCGCAUCUGAACGAGUCGGCCAAUCCUCUGAGAUAUCUCCGCCGGUUCAAAAGGCUCAAGAGACUUACGUUGUGCGACGCAUGCAUAUGCAGAUGGCUCCUCUUUGGCAGUAGUCUCACAAUGGAUCCCCAAAUUCGGCUUCCACCAAAUCUACGCUCGCUCGAUCUUCACCUUGGGUCAGGCCCAAUCGCUCUUUCAGAGGACUAUUUCCCAGUACUCGGCCCUGUGGAGCAUCGCAGGUAUCCAUGGUUUGUCAGUGAGCCAACCGUUGCAAUACUAAUACUGCUCUCGCAAGAGAUGGGCGAGCAAGAGAUGGAAUUUCUGUCCACUGUUCGACAUGUUACAGACGCAGGAUGGGAGCAUAUCCUGGAGGACGAGAGAAUCAAGAAUGGGUGGCGCGAGCUUGGAAUUGAAAUUUAUGUUCGGACAUAUUUCUUGCGGCAACGGGAAAACGAGGCAAUAUGGCAAGGUUGGACGGAGAUGAAGGAGCGGAAUAGGAUCUGGGGCUCAUGAGGGCUACUUAAUAUUCUCUGUCAAUCAAAAACAAAGGGGGAAGCAAUCGAUGGUCCGGAAGCAUAUCCCCAAGGUAUUGAAAACACUUAGUUGUUAUACUCUUUUCGCCUUAUAUGUCCUUUCUUGAGGCAUAUAAUACCAUCCUC